AUGGAGCUAUACACCCUAGUCAUCAGUGCCCUGUGCACCCUGGUGCUGCCAGUCCUGCUGCUGCUCACUGCAGUCAAGCUGUGGGAGCUGUACUGUUACAGCUGCAGAGACUCUGGCUGCCAGUACCCGCUGCCCCCUGGCACUAUGGGGCUGCCUUUCUUUGGAGAAACCUUACAGAUGGUGCUACAGAGACGUAAAUUCCUGCAACUGAAGCGCAGAAAGUACGGACACAUCUACAAGACUCAUCUGUUUGGAACCCCGACCGUGCGCGUCAUGGGAGCUGAAAACGUGCGGCAGAUCCUCCUGGGGGAGCACAAGCUGGUGUCCGUGCACUGGCCGGAAUCAGUCCGUACCAUCCUGGGGGCCGACUGCCUCUCCAAUCUGCAUGACAGCCAGCACAAGCACAUGAAGAAGGUCAUUGUACAAGCCUUCUCCAGAAAAGCCCUGGAGAACUAUGUACCCGUCAUGGAGGAGGAGAUGCGCCAUGCCAUUAAUGAGUGGACGCAGAGCGAUUCCUGCGUGCUGGUGUACCCCGCCGUCAAGCGCCUCAUGUUCCGUAUAGCCAUGAGGCUUCUUCUGGGCUUCGAACCUGAGCAAAUGGACCCAGCACACGAACAACCGCUGGUGGAAGCCUUCGAGGAAAUGAUAAGGAACCUCUUCUCUCUUCCCAUUGAUGUCCCGUUUAGUGGCCUCUACAAGGGUCUUCGGGCAAGAAAUAUAAUUCAUGCUAAAAUUGAAGAUAACAUCAAGGAAAAGUUAAAGAAGGACCCAGAGGCGUCUUCUAAAGACGCUUUACAGUUGCUGAUUGACCAUAGCCGGAAGACUGGAGAACCUGUGAACUUGCAGGCAUUGAAAGAAUCUGCAACUGAACUUCUGUUUGGUGGCCAUGGGACCACAGCUAGUGCUGCCACAUCUCUCAUAACGUUUCUUGGCCUUCACAAGGAGGUUGUGCAGAAAGUCCGUCAAGAGCUUGACUCUAAGGGUCUCUUAUCUAGUAAUCCUGAAGAAAAGAGAACUGUGACCCUGGAUGUAUUGCAACAACUUAAAUACACAAGCUGUGUCCUAAAGGAGACCCUUCGCCUCAGCCCACCAGUUCCUGGAGGAUUCCGAGUUGCCUUGAAGACUUUUGUCUUAAAUGGUUAUCAGAUUCCAAAGGGCUGGAAUGUCAUAUACAGCAUUGCUGACACUCAUGAUGUGGCAGAGAUUUUCCCCAACAAAGAAGAGUUCAACCCUGACCGUUUCUUAACUCCGUUCCCUGAAGACUCCUCCAGAUUCAAUUUCAUUCCAUUUGGAGGAGGUGUGAGGAGCUGCGUGGGCAAAGAAUUUGCCAAGAUCCUCCUGAAAAUUUUUAUCGUUGAGCUGUGUCGCACCUGUGAUUGGGAACUUCUAAAUGGAGCACCGACCAUGAAGACUGGUCCCAUUGUCUAUCCAGAGGACAAUCUUCCCACGCAAUUCAAACCCUUUAAAAGCACAAUAUAAGGGAUGACUCAUUCUUGUAAAGGCACAAAAUUAUAUAUGGCAUCUUUAUGUAUAUAGCAG